AUGAAUCUGUCUGCUUCAAAUACUACCUUAUUUCUCAUAGCAUAUGGACCUCCAGGACCACUCAAUUAUGGAGUUUUCUUUUUUGUGUUUGUGCUGUAUCUUGCCACAAUAUUUUCCAACUUGACUUUAAUGCUGGUCAUCUAUCUGGAUUCAACUCUCCAUAAGCCAAUGUACAUAUUUCUGUUCCACUUGGCAAUUAGUGGACUGAUUGGGAGCUCCACUGUAUGUCCAGUAAUUUUGCAAUAUCUGCUUGAGGAUGUGAAGAGCAUUUCCCUUACAAAUUGCUUGCUACAAACAUUUUUUGUUAACAUAUUUGGAACUUGUGCAUAUGGAAUACUAGCUGUAAUGGCAUAUGACAGAUAUGUUUGCAUUUGUAAGCCACUACAGUAUCAUAGUAUCAUGACUCCAACUAAAGUUAAACUUCUUCUUGGUGUAACAUACUUUUUCCCUAUAUGUUCUUUAGCUGUGCAGGUUUAUCUUACUGCAAGACUGUCUUUAUGUACGUACACUAUCAAUAAGCUUUUCUGUAUCACUUUGGCAGUUGUCAAUCUAGCAUGUAUGAAACCACUUCUUAACAGUUUGUACUUUGUAGGGUUGUUUUUUGUUUUUGGUUUUCUUCCUCUAGUCUUAGUGAUACUGUCAUAUAUCAAAAUAUUAACUGUCAGCAUCAAAGCAUCAAAGACGGCUCAAAUGAAGGCGCUGAAAACAUGUGCACCUCAUUUGAUCACUUUCAUUAAUUUCUCAUCUGCUGCUUUAACAUCUGUUGUAUAUAAUAGUUUCUAUGACCAUCUCUCAAAUGUGGGAAGUAUAUUCAUAUCAGUGCAAUUCAUCCUGAUUCCUUCUCUUCUACAUCCAGUCAUUUACGGAAUAAAGACUCAGGAGAUCAGAAAAAGUAUUUCAAAGUUACUGAGGAAAAAUGUUUUAGCACUGGAUGGCGUCGGCAGCACCCAAAGAACCUCUGAAUAA